CCCUAAACGGGGGCAGACGGUCACAGUAGAAGAAAAGAAUAUGAGUGGAAGGCUUAGCCUGAGUGGAGCUUCUUCAUCGAGUUUACUUCCUUGUUGUCUUUCUUUUAAACGCCUCUCUCAUCUCCACUCCCCUAAGCCUAACCACCACCGUCUUCUUCCUGAUUUCUUGCGAGCCAAAACUAGAAGAUUUUCAACAAUCAAAUCUGCAUCAGUUUCACCCAUGGCUGAAGACAAUGAGGGCACGGUGAAGCAACAGCUAUCAAAACUAUUUGAAACAUCAUUGAGGAUGACAGUACCCGAUGAACCUGAUUUAGAACCUUUGGUGGUUAAAUGCACAGGGAAGUUCGGUGAUUACCAAUGUAAUAAUGCUAUGAGCUGCUGGGCAAAGGUGAAAGGCAAGAAGACUGAAUUCAAGGGUCCUCCUUCAAUAGGACAGGCCAUUGCAAAUAAUCUCCCUGAAUCAGAAAUGAUUGAGUCUUGCUCCAUUGCUGGACCCGGGUUUGUCAAUGUGGUCCUACCUAAUCAAUGGAUAACUAAGAGUAUACAAAAAAUGCUAGAGAAAGGUGUCGGAAUAUGGGCUCCGAAGUUACCGGUCAGUAGAGCAGUGGUUGAUUUUUCUUCUCCCAAUAUUGCAAAGGAAAUGCAUGUUGGACACUUGAGAUCAACAAUUAUUGGGGAUACCAUAGCCCGCAUGCUGGAGUACUCAAAUGUUGAAGUGCUUCGAAGGAACCAUGUUGGAGAUUGGGGAACUCAGUUUGGCAUGUUGAUUGAGUAUAUGUUCGAGAAGUUCCCUGACUGGGAGAACGCAGGGGAGCAAGCUAUUGGAGAUUUGCAGGCAUUCUACAAGGCAUCAAAAUUGAAGUUUGACGCUGAUCCUGUCUUUAAGGAGAAAGCCCAACAAGCGGUGGUUCUUCUCCAGGGAGGGAACGAGAAAUAUCGCAAGGCAUGGUCCACGAUCUGCGAGAUCAGCCGAAAAGAGUUUCACCAGGUUUACGAGCGCCUUGGGAUUUCUCUGGAGGAAAAGGGCGAAAGUUUUUAUAACCCCUAUAUUCCUAAAGUUUUGGAGGGUUUGAGUAAUCAAGGGUUGAUCGUGGAGAGUGAGGGUGCUCGUGUGAUUGUCAUCGAAGGGAAACAAAUACCUUUAAUUGUCGUGAAGAGUGAUGGCGGUUACAACUAUGCUUCAACUGAUCUAACGGCUCUUUGGUAUCGUCUGAAUGAAGAGAAAGCUGAAUGGAUAGUCUAUGUCACUGAUGUUGGUCAAAAACUGCACUUUGAGAUGUUUUUUACUGCCGCCAAACUUGCAGGUUGGCUACCUGCUGAUGAAAAAUUGUACCCCAAAACAAGUCAUGUAGAUUUUGGUCUUGUUCUUGGAGAUGAUAAGAAGCGUUUCCGGACUCGUUCCAGUGAAGUGGUCCGGUUGGUUGAUUUACUUGAUGAAGCCAAAACUCGAUGCAAAGCUGAACUUGUUGAACGAGGCAAGGCAUUAGAGUGGACUGCAGAGGAGCUCGAACAAAUCGCGGAGGCAAUUGGUUAUGGAGCAGUCAAAUACGCGGACUUGAAGAACAACAGGUCGACAAACUAUACAUUUAGUUUCGAUCAGAUGCUUAACGAUAAGGGAAAUACUGCUGUCUACCUCCAGUAUGCACAUGCUCGUAUUUGUUCCAUCAUCAGAAAAUCUGGUAAAGAUAUCGAGGAAUUAAAGAAUACGGGAACCAUCGUGCUGGGUCUUCCAGAAGAGCGUAGUUUGGGUCUUCAUCUUCUUCAAUUUGCUGAGGUCGUCGAGGAGGCAUGUCUGAGUCUCUUGCCAAAUGUUUUAUGCGAGUAUCUUUAUAACCUAUCCGAGCACUUCACAAGAUUUUACGCCGAGUGUAAGGUUAAUGGAACACCGGAGGAGACCAGUCGAUUAUUGUUAUGUGAAGCAACUGCAGUUGUAAUGAGGCAAUGUUUUCACUUGCUUGGCAUUGUGCCUGUCUUCAAGAUAUAAAAUUGUAGGUUAGAAAAAGAAAGAAUCUUGUUAUUGAUUCGAGUUAUAUGAAAACCAACACACUAGAUACUAUACUGACAGUUCACAUUGUAUGGGUUGUAGCUUGGAUUCAGUUCAGUGUUUGAUUUUAAUGAUUUUGAUAGUUAAAAGCGAUCAGCUAAUGAAAAAAUACACACUUUAGAAAUUUAAUUCAUACCAAGUUUAUUAGUGAAAAA